AUGUCUACAUUCUGCAUCACGCCUACAGCUGCUUCAACCCAAGGCCCCUUGGGCCGUGGUCUUGGACUCUGCUCCGGACAACGGGAACCCGACUACAAUCUCUUGCAGCCCUUCGAAGCCAUGCCAGAGGAGAUAUCUGGUUCAACCGUAUGGGUAAAGGAGGAGCUGAGUCAAAAUAGUGGGCGCUGGCUUUAUCGUUUUACCGAAGAUCAGGUAGAACACAUCAUUGCUGCCGUCCGCAAUAUCGAAAACCGAGGCUUUCAACUCUCUGAAGUCGACAAGGCAACCUUCGAGCUCCCUAGCCCCUUUGUGGACUUUCUAUACAGAAUCCGAGACCGACUGAUCAACGGGAUCGGCUUCGUCGUGCUACGUGGUCUUCCCGUCGAAUCUUGGACAACCCGACAAGCCUCGAUCGCGUACCUAGGCAUCGGUUCCUACAUCGGCCGCCGAUUGAGCCAAAAUCGUCAGGGACACAUGCUCGGACAUAUCAAAGACCUUUCUGAAGGCAAAGAAGUCAACGGGGAAGGCAGAAUCUACCGUACGCAGAAAGCUCAGACGUAUCACACGGAUGACAGCGACAUCGUGGGUCUGCUUUGCCUUCACCAAGCGAUGGAAGGCGGAGAGUCACAGGUAGUCUCCAGCCACAGCAUCUACAACACUCUCAGACGAGAAAGACCAGAUGUGCUACGCCAAUUAUGCCUGCCACACUGGUUCUAUGAUAGAAAGGGGGAGACGAGCGAGGGAGAAAAGGGGUGGAUGCGUACUCCGUGCUAUUACUAUUACAAGGAGAAGCUCAGCAUGAAGUGGGACUCUUACUAUGUCGGAGCGCUACAACGCUUCUGGGAUGCUGGGCUUCUUCCACAGUACACAGAUGCCCAGCGUGAGGCGAUCCAGGUGAUGGAGGAGAUGUGCCGCCGACUAUCGUUGGAAAUGACGCUGCAGCAGGGCGAUAUCCAAUUUGUCGCCAACACUCAUAACCUUCAUGCGCGAUCUACGUACAAGGAUGAUAACGAUGUCACGAAGAAACGCUGGUUACAGAGACUUUGGCUUGCUACCUCAGAAGAGGAGGGCGGAUGGCCAUUGCCGUUUGCUGAUAGUCGGCGCCUUGAUGAGGAGCCCGUCCGAGCCAGCCACCGGCGAUCCGCUUCCGAGCAUGACCCCACGAUGCCGCCGCCUAAAUCGGGACAGCGGUCGAUGACCUUUACCGGGUGCUGGACCUGCAAGAGGCGCAAGGUGAAGUGUGAUGAGAGGUCUUCUGGUUGUGGGAACUGCGAGAAGAUGAAGAUCCCUUGCGAAGGCUACGGCAUUAGGCUUCAGUGGAUCAACGUUUCGAACCCAUUUCUUGAGCAGGAGAAGCCUGGCAGCCGUGAUACAGGGCCAGAAUAUCAGAUGAGAGACAUUGACUCCUUCUUGGCAUCCCUUGAAGAAGCACCAAACUCAAAGGGCAUCAUACAAGAAGGUCCUUUCUCUCUUUUUCAAGCCCAUGACGGUAGUCACGAAUCUGGCCAGAGUCACGACUUAGGAAGUCCCGAUAUUGCAGCCUCGGACUGCUCAUUGGUCACCAAUGCUCAUCACAGCUCAGAAUCAACACGGUCCCAGAAGGACGCAACGACCUCACCUAUCUACACUGACUGCGCAAGCUCAAGUCCUUCAUUCUCGACAGCACGAGAGGACGGAUCUCCAAAUCAGAUUGGGCUCGAUGUGGAGCUCAUCAGAACCUCGGAGGAUGACCAUGCCACACCAGAAUUCCAGCUCCAGGAAGAGUUCAACUCUUCGCUGGGCGACAUUGCAGACCUAUUAGAAGACUCAGUCGAGUUGUUGCCGAUGCAGCCGCAAAAUAACAUUUCAUCCAUGAGACUACCGAGACGAAUAUCUACCAGCAUAUCAGGCGACGCAGUCAUCGAUAGACUUAUGCAUCACUACGUGGAGAACAUCGCGAGCCUACUCCAGCCCAUUCCACAUCCCCAGAAUCCUUAUCGAAAGCUCUACGUCCCGGCAGCUCUCCAGGCAAUAUCGGAAUGGCUGCCGAAAGCAAAAAUGGCCACACCUACCGUUUCUUCAGUCAUUUUUCACUCCCUUAUAGCAUCAUCUGCUUUCCAUCUCGGCAAUUGUGGUCCCGAGCAGGCGAAAUACCUUGCCCUCGGGUCACAGCAUCGCCAAGUAGCGCUGCAUUGCUUACAGUCCGCCAUCAACCCCGCCAUGGCAACAUCGGAAUACAAGCUUCUCAUGGUGGCCAUGUUAUCAAUGGUGACCAUUAGCAACUUCACGACAGGCAGUGAUGCCGACUUUGUGGUCCACCUUCAAGGCACAAAACAGCUGCGGAAAACGCGAAGGCGAUGGAAAGUCAUCAGCAGAGCCACGCGGCAACUGAAUGAAAUUAGCGACUUUCUCUACCUCCUCACUCGCACGGUCUCAUUCUCCUUCACGCCAGGGCCUUGGCCAUCAGAGGACGCAGAGGAUAUAGACGAACCAAUCGCCUCGCAGGCAGAGCCCGACAGCUGCUUCGGUUACAUGUACGGGAUCACACCCGCCAUCGCUGUGGAUAUCGAGGAGACCUGCCGACUGGCGGAGUAUCUCCUCUGGUACGAAGGCACCGAAGAGCCCAUCCCAGAGGGACUGCUCGAGGCCUGCGAGAGUCUUGGCGAUCGAUUAUGCAACUGGUCUCUAGACCUCGAAGACGUCCGCCAAGCAAUGAACCAGGACGCCGAAACCCUGGAAAUCUUUCAACACCACGCUGAUGCGUGGCACUUGGCUGCAGUCAUUUACUACCACCGACGCAUCCAAAAAUGUCACAGUGAAAACCACCAGCAGCUCCUCGCCGAAAUCGCCGAACACAUGCACGCCGUCGAGGACAUCAAAACGCGGUCGAAGUCCACAAAGACCAACUUCAUGGCGCCCAUAACGUGGCCUGCCUUUGUAGCUUCGUGCGACGCCAGCGAUCGCGGACCGUGGGAGCACUGGUGGGAGAGGAUCAAGUGCUACCGGGUCGCCAACAGCCGGACGCAGUGGAAGGUGGUUCAGCGUUUGUGGGAGAGACGGGAUGAACUAGAGCAAGCGGGCGUUGAUACGUUUGAUUGGAUUCAAGCGUUUAAAGACUUUGGGAUUGCUUUGUUUCCAAUCUGA